UAACGCUACGACCGGAAGAGAGAAUAGGCGAAUAUUUGAAGAGCUGGCGAUGCGGACAGCUGCUGUGUUUACUGCGCUAACUAACCAUUUACAUUUAUUUUAUAGCAACGGCCUUUAUGAAGAAAACAUAUCGAGGCCUAGGCGGCUGUGAUAACUAAUUCGUGCUCAAACAAUACAAAGAUAAAAUGGCUCAACACGCUUUCCAAGAGCAGCUGGUGUCCAUCAUGGAGAUACUGGCCAAGGCUGCCGUUGCUGAAAUUAACAGACGUGUGGACGACAGCUGUGCAGUAAUUCGCCUUGAGCUGUCCAGAAGUCAGAGAGAUAUUGAUUCGCUGAAGAGGAAAUGUCAAAUGAUGGAGAAUGAAUUGAGGAAGGCACGGGUACGAGGGAGAAGGAAAGUGUUUUUCUGCAAGACCUCUGAGAAGCUGCCUGUGCCUUUUCCAAGUGUAUGGGUCAGAGAUGCUGGCACAGAUGUGUGCAGAGCUGAACAGACUGUUAGUCCACAAAAGGCAGAUCCGGAGCAGUCUGCACAACACGUCCACCAAGCAAUCCAGAUUCUGGAGGACACACCUAAGGUAGCAGUCAUCAAAGAAGAGGGAAUUGAAAAUGAAACAUGGAGUAGUGGAGAGCCUGCAGGGCAAUUUCUUUUUGAGCAUCGAGACUUGUCUCGCACCCUGGCUCAAGCAACACCUGAAGAACAGAACCAGCUUCAUGAAGGCAUGGAGAAACCAAGCACACACUUUACUUGUGUAUCGUCUUCAUCAGAGCCAGUUAAGAGCGAUGAUGAGGGUCUGAGUAAACUGAGCCUGCAGGUAAAAGCUGAGAAGGAGCAAGAGGAGGAGAAGGGAGGACAAGACGUAGUAAUGGAGGGUUCUGAGCAAAGGAUAGAAGAGACUGGAGAUUGCCUAGAGUUUACUCAGAGGGAUGCCCAGCUGUGGUCGUCUGCUCAUGAGCAGGGGCAUGAUGGUGAGGCAGAGUGGACAGACAAGGCCUUCACCUCUCCUCAGCUUUCUCGUGACCUUGCAGCCUUUUCCCAGCCUGUGGACACAGAACAGUCUGGAGAUGGUAUCCAGAUGGAGCUGUAUGGUGCUGGACAGGUCAAGGUGCAAAAACAACUUCAGGCAUCCUGGUGUAGAGAAAGACAAUGUAGUUCUUCUGUUAAACAGUUAAACACACAACUAACCACACAGCAGCACAAUAGGACUCCGUCAAGAACAGGAGACAUUGUUCUUGGAGCCAACAUGGGUGGCCAAACAGGAUCCAACUUGGCCGCUCAGGCGCUUUUGGGCUACAGUCGUGGUGGACUUGGCGCCGCUAAGCGUUUGCGGACUCAUUGGCGCACAAAUGUAGCCGGAGAGCGGCGGUUUAGCUGCACAUUCUGCGAAAGGCGUUUUGUACGUUUUGGCCAGCUGAAGGAACACUUGCGCAGCCACACAGGUGAGAGACCCUACACCUGUGCUCAGUGUGGCCGCAGCUUCACCAAGCAAGGGAAUCUAAUCCGGCAUGCUGUGGUGCAUAGCGGGGAGAAACCGUACCAAUGUAGCCUUUGUGGGAAGUGCUUCACUCAACGCUCUAGUCUGAAAUCCCAUCAGAAAACUCACAUGCCAGAGAGAGAAGACGUUCUGCAGGGAUUGCCUGUGUGCCAGUCAGGCAACAGCCUGUCUGUAACACAGAGCAGGGGUUUUGUAUAAAAGCAACCUUAAAAUGAUGUUUAUGUUGUGUGGCAUAGAGUACUGUGCAAAAGUCAGAGACUGGUUUUCAUUUAUUUAAUUUCCAGUCAAAACAGCCAUGCAGUGUCAAUUUAGUGUGUUAACUCUUUGUCUUUAUUACAGCUUCCAUUUUUUUGGGAGACUUGCUUUAUUUUAUAUCUGAUCACCUGAAAAAUGUAAAACUUGUACUUAACGGAUAUUUUGACAGGAAAUUAAGUAAAAAAAAUUGGUCUUUGACUUUUGCACAGUACUGUAGAUGUUUGGACAGUUGUCAUGACAUUUAGAAUCUGUAGUUUAGGAAUGUGAAGAUCCAAAUUUUGUGUUGUUUUUCUGUGUCUUGUAACUGGGUACUGUCAGUGUGCUUAAUUUAACAGUUUUGUGCUUAGUGUGUAAAAUACGUAUUAUUGAUAUAAUUCUAACCUUUUUAUUUUACACUAGUUGUCCCUCAGUUCUUCUGUUAGAUUAAUACAAAUAAAAUCUUUACCCUCAAAGUA